AUGCCAAGCUUAAAGGAAAAGCAUUCUGCGGCAUCCAGUCCCAAUUCAUCAACCACAAGGGUAAUGCCUGCUGGGCAACAUACUACACGUGUGCACUCGAUACAUCCAGACCCGGAAGACCCCAGUAUUAGCCUGGGAAAGAAAAUAGCAAGGUCACUUACCAUUUAUCCUCAUCCUGAAAACGUGGUUAGAAUCCGACGACUGCUGGACAUGUAUCGGUUUGACAUUGAAAUGAUAGAAAUGAAAUCUGCUCAUGCAGACAUGAAGAUGCUCACAGCCGCGGCUUUCGUCUGUGAUCUUCCAUGUCAUCAAGACCGCUAUGAACCAGCAACACGAGCCUUCAUGAACAGGAGGCAGUACUGGAUAGAGCAAGCGACAAAGGUAGUGGCGCCUGCACUUCGAGAAAGGGUUGAAGCACUUCAAGUGAUGCUGUUCAUGGUCAAUCGACCACAGCUGUUUCAGGAGAAGAUGGAGGCUUACAUAUCUCGAUUUGUUAUCGAUUAA